UAUAGAUAAGAAACUCGGCGCUCGGAGACGGAGGGAGAGAGAGUGUGUGUGGAGGUAACCUUGAGGAUGUAUCAUCUGAACUCUCAUGGAGUUCAAAUUUUCCCAGGUACCAAUGUAUCCAAAACAUACAACAUAUUUUUUUUGUGGAACAAAUGUCUGUGGAUCUCAAUUAGCAUGUCCAUUGAUUUGCUUUGAACUGACACAGAUGAUGAGAAGUAAGAACAUCACUCUAAGGCACAAGUUUAUUUGUGGGAGCGGUUUAAGUGGCACAAUUCAUGGCAUAUUUGUAUCAAACCCUUAUUCUAGAUCAGUUUCUUCAUGGUUGUUUGCAUUUCUCAUGAAAGAAGCUCCACUUCUUCCACGAAAGCUUCCUCAUUCGCCAUAUGAGGUAGUGGUGAGGAUUGGAGCUGUGGCAUAUCAGUUGAAAUUACUACUAACAGCGACUAUAAAUCUGGUGUUCCAUGUAUCCCAGCUAAGGAGAACAAUUGGAGAUCAUGCAGCAAGUCCUGAGUUUACAGUGACACUGACAGAAGAUUUAGAGAUGUUUGCAGUUAGGAGGAAUAUGAAAUCAGAAACUUACGUCCUAUUGGAACCAGGGAACCUAGAAUUCGUUUCGGAGGAGGAGCUGAAGAUGAGGUUGAAGGCUUGGUUGGAGAGAUGGCCUGGAGAUGAGCUUCCUCCAGAUCUUGCUGGCUUUGAAACAAUUGAGGAUGUCGCCGCUUACCUUGUCAGGUCUGUCUGUGAGCUUGAGAUUGAUGGUGAAGUUGGUUCUGUGCAGUGGUAUCAAGUUCAGUUAGAAUGA